GUCUAUAGUCAAGUUUGUUUUUUUGUUAUGGCUGUCUUGUGUGAAAGCGUCUGCGUUUGCUGUUUCUUUCUAAAAAUCAAUAAAAUUUUCAAUACGGUCAAUACGGUUUUGUAAAGUGAGCAGUGUUCGUUUAUAUUGAGUAACAUGUAGUGCGAUCCACAAGCAACAAGAAUUUUGUUCAGGCGUAACGCACAACAUCACCAUGCAUCGCCGUGGCGGGAAACGUAUCCGGAUGGAUGAUCCUCCACCGGAGUACGUGAAUCCCAUGACCCCGGCUACUCCCAUGACCGACUACGGCGGGCAGUCCGUACACGAACCGGAGACGCCCAACGUCAACUACUCGGGGUUCAACGUCGGGACCGUGGCGAACUCCACCGCCGUCGAGCCGCCGCGAGAGGAAGAACAGGAUUCUCUUCAUGAGGAAGAUGAUAUGCGGUCACCCUCCCCGGCGCCUACUAAGCGUGUGACAAGAAGUCGCGGGCGCGGUGGAGACGGCGGCUACGUGGGGCGGCUGGCCGAGUCGCCGCCGCCGCCGCCGCUGCGGCCCCGGCGCGGGCGCGGCGGCCGCGGUCGAGGCCGAGGGCGCGGCGCGCCUCCUCCGCCAUCUUAUUCACCUCCUCCCAUGUUACUUCCUGGAGAUGAUGAGAACAGCCUUUACAAUAUACUUCGUUUCAAUAAGACUGCUAUCAAUCAAGUUGUGGAUAUGUGGAUUGAACAGUACAAAAGCAACCGUGAGCAUGCACUGGUGCAGCUCAUGCAGUUUUUCAUCAAUUCCUCUGGCUGCCGAGGGAAGGUGACUCCUGACAUGGCUCAGAUGGACCAUACUCUCAUUAUCAAGAAAAUGACACAGGAGUUUGAUGAGGAAAGUGGAGAAUAUCCUCUAAUAAUGUCAGGGCAGACAUGGAAGAAGUUCCGAGCAAACUUCUGUGAGUUCAUCCAGACACUGGUGAAGAUGUGUCAGUAUUCCAUCAUCUACGACCAGUACCUCAUGGAUAACAUCAUCUCGCUGCUCACUGGCUUGUCUGACUCACAAGUCAGAGCGUUCAGACACACUGCUACUCUUGCAGUGAUGAAACUAAUGACAGCUCUUGUGGAUGUGGCUUUAUUAACGUCUGUGAACUGCGACAACUGUUUACGUCAGUAUGAAGCGGAGCGGCUGAAAGCGAGAGACAAACGAGCGAGCGAGAGGCUUGAGGUGCUUGUGGCGAAGCGGCAGGAGUUAGAAGAGAACAUGGAGGAGAUCAAGAACAUGCUUUCUUACAUGUUCAAGUCCGUGUUUGUGCAUAGAUACAGAGACACGCUGCCGGACAUCAGAGCCAUCACUAUGGCUGAGAUAGGCAUCUGGAUGGAAAAAUUCCCUGCACAUUUCCUCGAUGAUCUCUAUCUCAAGUACAUUGGGUGGACUUUGCAUGACAAGGUGGGCGAAGUCCGUCUCCGCUGCCUGCAAGCCUUACAGCCCCUGUACGAGUGUGAAGAGCUGAAGGGCAAACUGGAACUCUUUACCAGCAAGUUCAAAGAUCGCAUCGUCGCUAUGUCGCUCGACAAAGAAACAGACGUCGCCGUUCACGCCGUGCGGCUUGUUAUAGCUAUUCUCAAGAUGCACCCCGACGUGCUAACCGACAAAGACUGCGAGAACGUAUACGAGUUAGUAUACUCGUCAAACCGAGCCGUGGCGGCUGCGGCGGGCGAGUUCCUAAACGUGCGGCUCUUCCGCGCCGAACCUCCGCCUUCCACGCCGCCCCGGUCACGUCGCGGCAAGGAACGAUUGCCCAAUACGCCGCUUAUUAGAGAUCUGGUGCAGUUCUUCAUAGAGUCUGAGUUACACGAGCACGGCGCGUACCUGGUAGACUCGUUGAUCGAGUCUAACCCAAUGAUGAAGGACUGGGAAUGUAUGACGGACUUACUACUAGAGGAACCAGGUCCCGGAGAAGAGGCAUUAGACAACCGGCAGGAGUCUUCACUCAUAGAACUGAUGGUCUGCUGCGUGCGACAGGCUGCUUCAGGCGAGCCCCCGGUGGGGCGCGGCGCGGCGCGCAAGCACGUGGCGGCGCCCAGCAAGGAGCAAGCCAAGGCCGUGGCGGACGACCGCGCGCGCCUCACGCAGCACUUCAUCGCGGUGCUGCCCGCGCUCUUGGACAAGUUCGGCGCCGACGCCGAGAAGCUGGCCAACCUCGUCGCCAUCCCUAUGCACUUUGAGCGCUCGCUCUACUCUACUGCGAGACAGGAAACGGCGCUACGUGAGCUGCUCGCGCGUCUUAAAGACAUCGUGGGCGCACAAACCGAGGCCGAAGUCUUAGAGACGGCCGGUCGUACACUUGAAUACUUAUGCGAGGCCGAAGGCGCCGCGGCUCGGCAGUGCGCCGUCGCCAGGGCGACCAUCACGGACAUGUGCGUCAACAGAUACAAGGAGGCUAUCGACGAGUACCGCUCGUUACAACAAGGGGGUGAAGAGCCAGAUGCGGACGAGACGUUCAACGUAGUGAACUCACUGCGCAAGGUGUCAAUUAUGUACAUGUGCCACGAUCUAAACAACACCAACAUCUGGGACUCCCUGUUCGAAGAUCUGCCCAAGUGCCUGAAGCCCAACGAGAUGCCAGCGCAGGCGCUGGUAUACGUGGUCCGCUGUCUGUUCUACUCCGUGCUAUGGUCUCUGCACGAGCUCGAAGAGCGCGCCUCCGGGGCUGGAUCUGGCGGGGCCAGUGUGGAGUCUGGCGCGGCGGCGUUGAGGGAACGGUUACACGCGUACGCUAGCUUGUGCAAGGACAUUGUGGCGAGAGGCGUCGAGCCACAGCUUCGUGAAGAGGCGUACACAUCCCUCUGCGACCUGCUGAUCUUCUUCGCGGAGCAACUCGGCUCGCGCGGCUCUCCGGCGCUCCGCCCGCUAGUCCUGGAGCCCGAUCCAGAGCUCUGCGACCUUCUCAACGACUUCAUACAGGAGUUCGUGUUCGUGCAGCACAACUACGAUGGUCAAGACGAGAGACGGAUAGAAGAGUUGCACAAACGGCGCAACUUCCUGGCGGCGUAUUGCAAGCUCAUCGUGUAUAAUGUCACGCCGAUACGAAGAGCCGCUGACGUAUUCAAACACUACAUUAAGUGCUACAAUGACUACGGCGACAUAAUAAAAGCGACGCUGUCCAAAGCGCGCGAAAUCAACAAGCUCUCGUGUGCGCUAACCAUGCAGCUUGCUAUGCAAGCGCUCUACACCACCAUGCUGCAGCGACACGCGACACCACAUCGGCAGCUGCCGGAGCUAUUGGAGCUUAAGGAGUUAGCGAAGCGUUUCUCGGUGAUGUUCGGCCUCGACGCGGUGAAGAAUCGUGAAGCUUUAACAGCACUGCAUCGAGCUGGUGUGGCUUUCGCGGCGCUCGAGCCGCGUAAUCUGUUGUUCCUGGAGCCACUAGCUGAGCUGUCGAAUAAAUUACUACGACAGGACAAGCGGCAUGUGCUCAAGUUCCUGGACGCCAAGAUCUCGAGCGGCGCGGGCUGGGGCGAGGAGUGGGCGCCGCUGCAGACGUACCGCGGCUCGCUGCUCACCGACGCGCAGGACGAGCGCCCGCCGCCCGCGCGCCGCCACUACGCCAGGAAGAACAGAGGCCCAGACGCAGAGGACGACGGCGAUGAGAACAACGACUCGGAAGGCGAACAGGCCGGGUGAGCGCCACUACUAUUGUAGUUAGCAUCGAGACCCACAUCUACAGACAUUUACUAUUAAAUAUCAUAUGUUUAAGUAACGAUAAUGCUGCACAAUGCCUCUUAAGUUCUAGCGUACCGUAUAACCCCCUUAUUCAUAAACGUACUCUGAUGUUAUUAAGCCGAUAAAGUUCGUUUGCCCUUUUCUAUUACACCAAUACGUCCGAAAGGGACAAACGAACUUUAUCGGCUUGAUAACUUAUAGUACGUUUCUGAAUAAGAGGAUAAGUGUAUAACUUAGUAUAAAUGACAAGCUUGUGCUUUUCCGCCGACGACGCAAACGCGAAAUGGAUCUUUAUCACCUGUCAAAAAACUCUGACAAAGCUAAGUUGGCAUUGGCAACGAUUUUUCGGGCGCAUUGCGUCGGACACAUACAAUAGAAAAAGACGACGUGUGUGUGUUAGUCGUCAUGUGGGCACUGAGAACUAAGAAAUAAUUAAGAAAAAAGUGGCAUUCAUUCUUGCCUUGCCGGCGGAAAAACAACUACACAUGGUUUCUUAUCAAAAAGUACAAAUAUACGCUGGGACUUAAGAUGAUAUUAUGCUGAUAUCAAUCAUAUUAUGUAACGUUUAUCUAAAUAUAACACGUCAGAAUUAUACUAUGUAUGUAAUAUUGUACAACUUAUACAUAAUGAUUUUAAACGACACUGACAUCUGCCAAAAUGUAUCUGUAAAUAUAACAUAUUUAUUAUGUGUAUGUAUUAAAAGGGGCCUUAUAAAAUGAAACAUACGGGGGAAUCGAUGAACUAAGUUGUUAGUUUAGUUAGUGUAGAAUAGAGUAGUUAGCCGUAUAGUAUCCUGUUCAGAGGCAGUCUUGCGAAUUCAGAAGAGUACAAUUGGCUACAGAUUGAUCAGACAUAAUGAACUCCACAGACAUAUCUACAAAGCGAACACGGGUACGUGGGUUCAAAAGGUUUGGAGUAUUUUUAUAAGAUGUAAUUCAUCAAAGUAUUGCCAGUUAGUCUUUGAACGAUACCAUCUCUCGUGCGAAUUCGGACUUGGCGCUGUUUUCCGGACAUUGUCUAUAGUUUACAUUGUGUCAGUCACUACCAAGCGAUGCUUAAUCAGUCGGUCCAAACGUCCAUAGACUACCAAGAGUUCAAACAAUCAAACUAGAUUUCCUAUUGAAUAUCUCUGACACGGUCUUCUAUGAUUGAUGGAAUCAGGCGUUAUUUUGUGGAAAUUCAUGAUAAUAAAAACCUAGAAGAUUACUUUGCUUCGCGAAUAGAUAACGUGCUAGUCAAUCAGUGCAAAGCUGUUAUACUUGCGUGUUUUAUACACGCAAUUAAUGUUCCCAUCCUUCCACCGCGAAAAUAAAUACGCAAACUGACAAGGAAUCUGCACGAGUUAUCUACAGACCUUGAAAUUAUAAAUAACAAAUAUAAACAUUGACUGACAGUAUAUGAAUAGAAACCAAUUUUAGGCGCUAGCGCUGACGCCUGCACCUCAAUGUAAAUUUGAACGGCCAUAUGGCUUUGGAAAACCACAAUUGACAUCUUUCAUUAUUAUCGUCAAACGCCUGAAAUCAUAUUGCAAACAAGGUACGGCCUCUGAGCGGGCCCAUGACGGAACCUGUUGACUGUUUUUAUUAAAAAUUAUGUUAGCGUAAUUAAUAUAUUUUUAUAAUAAACGAGUUUUGAUAUAA